ACCGCAACCGGGUUGCAAUCGGUUUGGACUUUCGCUAUCCAGUAUUUCGUGGUGAUGAAUGUCUUCGUUAAUGUAAGUUGGCGAAGAACGGCAUCCUUGGGAAAGAACUGCGAUGCUCGGAGCUACAGUUCUAACAUUUCGCGAUUGAAAAUUUUGUUCUUUGGCACGGAUAAUUUCUCUCUACCCAGCCUAAAAGCCAUCCAUAGAAACUGGAAACAAGGAAGCACGGUCAGCAGCCUAGAAGUGGUGACGUCCUUCAAAGCAGCGAAAAAUUCAGUCAAACAGUUUAGCUUGGCGGAAGGAAUACCGGUUAGCGAUUGGCAAUCGUACCGGCCGAAUGAGAAGUUCGAUCUCGGAGUGGUAGUUUCCUUCGGGCACCUCAUUCGAGAGGAGGUUAUUAGUUCCUUUAAUCGGGGAAUGCUCAAUGUUCAUGCCAGCCUUCUGCCACAGCUGCGCGGCGCUGCACCAAUCGUUCAUGCCAUAGCGAAUGGCCAUCGACGGACAGGGAUCAGCAUAAUGCGUAUCGAACCGAAGCACUUCGAUAUUGGUGAAAUAUUGCUGCAAUCAACCAUAGAUAUACCUAGAGACAUGCUAAUGCCCCAACUACACGACGAAUUGGCACAGUUAGGUGCUAAUUGCUUAAUGAAAUGCAUCGAUGAUUUGGACUUUUAUAACAGUCAAGUAGUCCAGCAGGAUAGUUCGAAGGCAACAUACGCACCCAAAAUCGAUCGUAACUUCACUGAGAUCAGAUGGAAGCAUCACACAGCACUGCAGGUCUACGAUCUCUAUCGCUCACUCUACAGUUUAGCACCAUUGAAAACGUGGUUUUGUGGUGAACCAAUUAAGCUGUUCGAGAUAGCCUAUAGGCACGAUCAAACCAAAGCGACGAAUCGGAUCGAAAGGGUGCCCGGUUGCAUCGAAUACUCUCGAAAAACCAAACAGCUGAUAGUGUGGUGUUGCGAUGGAUUUUGCAUCGAAGUAUUGAAGUUAGCCGUCGGAGGGAAAAAGACUUUGACUGCACAAGAUUUCCACAAUGGGUUUUUGAGUAAAGUAGCUCAUUCCCAAAGGAUUUUCGGUGAUAGGCGUUGUUUGGCCUGCGUAAAAACUGCGUUUACCGCGUGUAAAAAGUUAAGAUAAAUUAUUCCACUACCGUUGUACAUUGGAAAAC